AUGCCUAUGAUUUGGGCUCUCCAAAAUGAUCCAUUAUUUGAUCUGCUACCAAUUUCCAUAAAAGAGCACUCUAAAACCCAGCAGGAAAAAUUCCUUACUGACUACAGAGCUGUUCAGGAGUUUCUUUGUGAUGCUGGCUUGGACUGUGCAAAUCUUGUUUCCCAAGAUGAUUUUCUAUGGGCUUGGACUUGCUGCAAUUCGAGAUGUCUAUAUAUGGAAUUACCACAAGUACUGGAAAAACAGCUGGAGGACAAUUUCACACUGGUUCCUUUUGUUGACUUCAUCAACCACGCCCCCGAAGAUCAUUGUUCCGUCAGUAUGUCUCCAACUAAGGGAUUUCAGGUGACCUCUGGGUCCCGUCCGUAUAAUGGCGGAGACCAAUUAUUUUUCAACUACGGAGCGCACAGUGACGAGUUUCUUCUCUGCGAAUAUGGGUUUAUGCUUCCAGCUCGUUGCAAUCCGUGGAACAACAUUGAUAUAACACCCUACAUUUUGGCAUUGUUGAAAGCAGAACAGUCGGAAUUCCUCAAAGAAACCGGCUACUACGGUGAGUACACUCUCACGUCAGAUGAGGUGUCAUUCCGAACUGAAAUUGCUCUAGCAACGCUACAAGAAAAAGACCUUCGCAAAAUACAUGCGAUGGUCAAUGGCCUGAGCGACGGUGCAGCAUAUAAAAAGAAUUCCGAUUUACUAGUUCGAAAGAUCCUGAGCAAGAUUUUGUCCACCUCCAUAGAGCAACAGGAAAAACUUCGCCGAUAUCCCGAAUGCUACAGAUCAUCGUUAGUUGUUCAAGCACAUCAUAAUAUCAAUAUAAUUUGUGACGCCUAUAUACAUGAUUAA